AUGUCAACUGCACAAAAAAAAUGUGGUAAAUGCGAAAAAAUCGUUUAUCCAGCAGAAGAAAUCAAAUGUCUUGAUAAAUUUUGGCAUAAAGGAUGUUUGAAAUGUACAGUAUGUGGAAUGACUCUUAAUGUUAAAAAUGUUAAGGGUUAUGAUAGAAUGCCUUAUUGUAAUGUACAUUAUCCCCAACCAAAACCAACUGUUGUUGUUGAUAAUCCUGAAAUGCAACGCAUUCGUGCACUUACAGAUAUUCAAAGCAAUGCGAAAUAUCAUGAAGAUUUUAAUAAGAGCAAAGGAAAAUUUACAGCAGUUGCGGAUAAUCCAGAAUUAACACGAGCUAAAGAACAUCAACGGAUUGUUAGUCAAGCGGAAUAUACUGGCAAACGAAAAGAUAGUACAUCACAAAUUCUUGCUCAAGAUCAUAAUCAACAAUCAGAUGUGAAUAAUAGAAAUUUUAAUCCAUCUGGACCAACAGUUGGUCGUGUGGCUGAUUAUGAUCCGAUCAAUGAUGAUCGUGGUUCAUUAGCACGUGGAUAUGAACCAACAUCAAAAGCAAUGCAUGCUUCAAAAUAUGAAAUAAAUCCCAAAAAUGCUCUUCAAUCAAAUGUAAAAACUGAUAAUAAUGGUAAUGGAAAUAGCAACAAAAAUUCUUAUCAUCAAUAUGAAGAUGAACAACAAAUUCCAUCAAAUAAUAAUAAUAAUCAUGAUGAUAAUCAUCAUUCCGAGCAAUAUUCACAUGGUGAUAAUCGAUCAACACAGAUGAAAGUUCGUGCACUUUAUUCAUAUACAGCAGCUGAAUCGGAUGAAAUAAGUUUUACCGAAGGUGAUACACUUGUUGAAUGUGAACAAAUUGAUGAUGGCUGGAUGUUAGGUAGAAAUCCCAAAACAGGUCAACAAGGUUUACUUCCAUCAAAUUAUGUCGAAAUUAUACAAUGA